CCUCCAGCCAUGAGGCUCCUCUGGGGGCUCCUCUGGGUCUUCAGCUUAAUUGCCUUGUCACUGCAGAAACCCAGGUUACUCCUGUUUUCUCCUUCUGUGGUUCACCUGGGAGUUCCCCUGUCAGUGGGGGUUCAGCUCCAGGAUGUCCCCCAAGGCCAGAUAGUGAGAGGAUCUGUGUAUCUGAGAAAUCCCAAAAAGCUGAAUGUCCCCUGCUCUCCAAAGGAGGACUUCAUUCUCAGCUCAGAAAAUCCCUUCACGAAGCUGAGCCUUCAGACUUCUCUGGAAGAUUCCAAAAGGUGUGGCCUCAGUCACCUCCUAGGAAACCCUGAGGUGCAGCUGGUAGCCCAGUCACCAUGGCUGAAGACCUAUCUGUCCAAAAAUGUAGACCUUCAGGGGGUCAACCUGCUCUUCACCUCUCGUCGGGGACACAUCUUCGUGCAGACCGACCAGCCCGUUUAUAACCCUGGCCAGAGGGUCCGGUACCGGGUCUUUGCACUGGAUCAAAAGAUGCGCCCAUCUAUUGACACCCUCACAGUCACCGUGGAGAACUCUCAGGGCCUCCAGGUGCAGAAGAGAGAAGUGUUCUCUCCCACCUCCAUCUUCCAGGACAUGUUUGUGAUCCCAGACAUCUCAGAGCCAGGCAUGUGGAAGAUCUCAGCCCGAUUCUCCGGUGCUUUGGACUCCAACACUAGCACACAGUUUGAGGUGAAGAAAUACGUUCUUCCCAACUUUGAGGUGAAGAUCAUUCCUGGAAAACCCUACAUCCUGACAGCUCCUGGCUUUCUUGAUGAAAUCCAGCUAGACAUCCAGGCCAAGUACGUGUAUGGCAAGCCAGUACAGGGGGUGUCGUAUGUGCGCUUUGGGCUCCUGGGGGAGGAUGGUGAGAAGAAAUUCCUUCGGGGGCUGGAGAAUCAGACCAAGUUGGUGGAUGGCCGGUGCCACAUUUCUCUCGCAGAGGCCAAGUUCCAGGAGGCUCUGGCAAAGCUAAAUAUCAGUGCCAAUGACCUCCUGGGACUGCGUCUCUACGUUGCAGCGGCCAUCAUUGAGUCUCCGGGGGGAGAGCUGGAGGAGGCAGAGCUUACAUCUUGGCGUUUUGUGUCAUCCCCUUUUCUCUUGGAUCUUAGUAACACCAAGCGCCAGUUUCUGCCUGGAGUCCCCUUUCUUCUGCAGGCUCGAGUUCGUGAUGUGUUGGGCUCCCCGGCUGCUAACGUUCCCGUCAAAGUUUUUGCCAAGUUGUCUUCUCCUGGUUCUGCUUCUAAAAUGCCAGACUUUGACAGGAACACAGAUGAGAGUGGCCAAGUGAGCAUUCUCAUCAACAUCCCUCAGAACACACAGGAGCUGCAGCUCUCGGUAUCUGCAGGCUCUCCCUAUCCAGAUGUAGUCAAGUUCACCGUGACGGCCCAAUCCUCACAAGGCUCGGGGUUUCUGUCUAUUGAACGCCUGCAGUUUCAGCCCCCACAAAUUGGAGACACCUUCAACCUGAACCUUCGAGCUGUGGGCAUCAGUGGGGCUACCUUUUCUCAUUUCUACUACAUGAUCCUAUCCCGGGGUGAGAUCAUGUCCUUGAACCGAGAGCCGAGGAGGACUGUGACCACUGUCUCUGUGUUUGUGGACCAUCACUUGGCCCCCUCAUUCUACUUUGUGGCCUUCUACUACCAUGGGAGCACCCUUGUCGCCAACUCCCUGCGAGUGGACGUCCAGGCUGGGGCUUGUGAGGGCAAGCUGGAGCUGAAUGUUGACAAUGCCAAGGAGUAUCGUCCUGGGGAGACUGUCAAGCUCCACCUACAAACAGACUCCCCAGCCAUGGUGGCACUGGGAGCUGUGGACACGGCCCUGUAUGCUGUGGGGGGCAAGUCCCACAAACCCCUCAAUAUGGGCAAGGUCUUCGAAGCUGUAAACACUUAUGACCUUGGCUGUGGCCCUGGUGGUGGGGACACUGCCCUUCAGGUGUUUGAGGCUGCGGGUCUGGCCUUUUCUGAUGGAGCACUCUUGACCUCAGUCAGAAAAAGUCUGAAGUGCCCCAAGGAGAAAACCCGGAAAAAAAGAAAUGUGACCUUCCAAAAGGCCAUUAGUGAGAAAUUGGGCCAGUAUACGUCCCCAGAAGCCAGACGCUGCUGCCAGGAUGGGCUGACCCGGCUGCCCAUGGCACGCUCCUGUGAGCAGCGGGCAGCCCGCGUGCGGCAGCCAGCCUGCCAGGUGCCCUUCCUGUCCUGCUGCCAGUUUGCUGAGAAGCUGCGCAAGACCCUCCAUACCCAGGACCCCACGAACUUUGCCCGAGCCAUGCAGAUGCUGCAGGAGGAGGAGCUGAUAGAAGAGGAUGACAUCCCUGUGCGUAGCUUCUUCCCAGAGAAUUGGCUCUGGAAACUGGAGAAAGUGGACCGCUCCUUGACAUUGAAGGAGAUCCUGCCUGACUCCAUAACCACGUGGGAGAUCCACGGUGUGAGCCUGUCCCAGAGUAAAGGCAUAUGUGUGGCUACACCAGCCCAACUGCGAGUGUUCCGUGACUUCCACCUGCACCUCCGCCUGCCCACCGCUGUCCGCCGCUUCGAGCAGCUCGAGCUGCGACCUGUGCUCUACAAUUACCAGCCUACAGACCUGACUGUGAGCGUCCAUGUAGCCCCAGUGGAGGGAUUGUGUCUGGCUGGGGGUGGAGGGCUGGCCCAGCAAGUGCUGGUGCCUGCUGGCUCGGCCCGGCCUGUGGCCUUCUCCAUGGUGCCCAUGUCAGCUGCUGCUGUGCCCCUGAAGGUGGUGGCUCGAGGAUCCUUCGAUUUCCCCAUGGGGGAUGCAGUGUCUAAGAUUCUGCAAAUUGAGAAGGAAGGGGCCAUCGUCAGGGAAGAACUUGUCUAUCAACUCAACCCCCUGGACAAUCGAGCCCGCACUUUGGAAAUUCCUGGCAACUCCGAUCCCAACAUUAUCCCUGACGGAGACUUCAGCAGCUUUGUCAGGGUCACAGCCUCAGAUCCCCUGGACACUUUUGGCUCUGAGGGUGCUUUGUCCUCAGGAGGCCUGGCCUCCCUGCUGAGGAUGCCCCAUGGCUGUGGGGAGCAAACCAUGACCUACUUGGCACCUACGCUAGCUGCUUCCCGCUACCUGGACAAGACAGAGCAGUGGAGCACGCUGCCCCCUGAGACCAAGGAUCAUGCCGUGGAUCUGAUCCAGAAAGGCUACAUGCGGAUCCAACAGUUCCGGAAAUCAGAUGGUUCCUUUGCGGCUUGGUUACACCGGGACAGCAGCACCUGGCUCACAGCCUUUGUGCUGAAGAUCCUGACUUUGGCCCAGGAGCAAGUGGGUGGCACGUCUGACAAGCUGCAGGAGACGGCCAGGUGGCUGCUGUUGCAGCAGCAGGCUGAUGGUUCCUUCUAUGACCCCUGUCCCGUGUUGCACAGGGCCAUGCAGGGGGGCUUGGUGGGGGAUGAUGAGACCGUGGCACUCACAGCCUUCGUGGUCAUUGCCCUUCAUCACGGCCUGGACAACUUCCAGGACAACAGUGCCGAGGAGUUGAAGCAGAGGGUGCAAAACUCCAUCUCAAAUGCAAACGCUUUCUUGGGGAAACAAGCAAGUGCUGGGCUCCUGGGAUCCCACGCUGCUGCCAUCACAGCCUAUGCCCUGACGUUGUCCAAGGCCCCCCAGGAUCUGCAGAAUGUAGCCCACAACAACCUCAUGGCCAUGGCUCAGGAGAUAGGCGAUUACCUGUACUGGGGCACAGUCGCUGGGUCUCAGGACAACGUCGUGUCACCCACCCUGGCUCCCCGCAGUCCCACAGACCCCGUGCCUCAGGCCCCGGCGGUGUGGAUUGAAACCACCGCCUAUGGCCUGCUGCACCUGCUGCUUCGGGAGGGCAAGGCCGAGAUGGCUGACCAGGCUGCAGCCUGGCUCAACCACCAGGCCGGCUACCAGGGGGGGUUCCGCAGCACCCAGGACACGAUCAUCGCCCUGGAUGCCCUGUCCGACUACUGGAUUGCCUCCCACACCACGGAGGAGAAGGAGAUCAACGUGACCCUCAGCUCCACUGACCGGAGUGGCUUCAAGUCCCAUGUGGUCCAGCUGAAGAACCACGAAGGCCUGGAGGAGGAGCUGAAGUUUUCUUUGGGCAGCAAGAUUAAUGUGAAUGUGGGAGGAAACAGCAAGGGAACCUUGAAGAUCCUCCGUUCCUACAAUGUCCUGAACAUGAAGAACACGACCUGCCAGGAUCUUCAUAUUGAAGUGACAGUCAUGGGCCAUGUUGAAUACAUGCGGCAAGCGAAUGAGGACUAUGAGGACUAUGAGUAUGAUGAGUUUCCAGCUGGGGACGACCCAGAAGCCCAUCCGCAGCCUGUGACACCCCUGCAGCUGUUUGAGGGACGGAGGAACCGUCGGAGGAGGGAGGUGCCCAAGGUGGUGGAGGAGCAGGAGUCCCGUGUGCAGUACACAGUGUGCAUCUGGCGCAGUGGCAAGUUGGGGCUCUCUGGCAUGGCCAUCGCAGAUGUUACCCUCCUGAGUGGCUUCCACGCCCUUCGAGCUGACCUAGAAAAGCUGACCUCUCUCUCCGACCGUUAUGUGAGUCACUUUGAGACCGAGGGGCCCCACGUCCUGCUCUACUUUGACUCGGUCCCCACCUCGAAGGAGUGUGUGGGCUUUGGAGCCGUGCAGGAGGUGGCCGUGGGCCUGGUGCAGCCGGCCAGUGCAGUCCUGUAUGACUACUACAACCCUGAGCACAGAUGUUCUGUGUUUUAUGGGGCACCAAGUAAGAGCAAACUCCUGUCCAAGUUGUGCUCGGGUGAUGUCUGCCAGUGUGCUGAGGGGAAGUGCCCUCGCCAGCGCCGGGCCCUGGAGCGGGGACAGCAGGAUGAGGAUGGUUACCGGAUGAAGUUUGCCUGCUACUACCCCCGAGUAGAGUACGGCUUCCAGGUGAAGGUUCUCCGGGAAGAUGGCAGAGCUGCAUUCCGCCUCUUUGAGAGCAAGAUCACCCGAGUCCUGCACUUCACUAAUGAUGUCAAGGCCACUGUUGGUCAAACUAGAAACUUCCUGGUCCGAGCCUCUUGCCGUCUUCGCCUGGAGCCCGAGAGAGAAUAUUUGAUCAUGGGCCUGGAUGGGGUCACCUAUGACACGAAGGGAGACCCUCAGUACCUGCUGGACUCAAACAGCUGGAUUGAGGAGAUGCCCUCCGAGCGCCUGUGCCGAAGCACCCGCCAGCGGGCAGCCUGCGUCCAGCUCAACGACUUUCUUGAGGAGUAUGGCACUCAGGGGUGCCAGGUGUGAGGCAGCCCCCCCACCUC